CUCAUUUCUUAUUUUCCUUUUCUCUCCCAUUUCCCCUUUCCUUUCAUUUCUCGCCUCUCUUCUUUUCUCCUCUCAUCGAACUCAAACAGCCCUAAAUAGCUGCCACCUCCGUCUCCAUCGCUUCAUUCUUCUCAAAAUAUCAUCCGAUUGUUGUAAGCGAAUUCCGGAGAUAUUAUUUACUCCAAUUCCAAUCUCAGUGUUUCAACCAUUGUGGACUGGCGAGAUUGAUAGAAGAAUUGGAUUUUUAGGGUUGUGUUGAUAGUGUUGUAGUCUCACAAUGCCAAAGGAUAGAAGAGAUCGCUCUGUAUCUUUUGAUAGGUGCAAGGCAUCUCCAUAUACUUGCAGUUCCAGUUGUAGCAGGCAAUCUUCACCCAAAAUUCAUUCGGAAACUGAGGAAAACUUAAAGGAAUGGGAAGAGGCCAGAUGCCCUGUUUGUAUGGAACAUCCUCAUAAUGCAGUUCUUCUCAUAUGUGCAUCCCAUGAGAAAGGCUGCCGUCCUUACAUGUGCGAUACAAGCUAUCGCCACUCAAAUUGUCUUGAUCAGUUUUGCAAGUCUUUUACUGAGGCCUCAUUAACAGCUCCACAACCAGAAGAAAGUGGGAUCACAACUGCAAACUUAGCCUCGGUUGGGAGCUCAGAACCAAUGGUUAAUGUGGAGCAAAGUGAGGAAGAGCCCUUGUCUGCUAGAACCAUUCCUUAUGAGAAAGAAAAGCAGCCAAUACUUGUGUGCCCCCUCUGUCGGGGGCAGAUAAAAGAGUGGAUUGCCAUGGAGCCUGCUCGUCGUUUUAUGAAUGCAAAAUCAAGAAGCUGUGCCUGUGAAAGCUGUGAUUUUAGUGGCACCUAUUCAGAUCUCAGGAAACAUGCGAGACUUGAACACCCCCUUGUUCGACCAUCGCAAGCUGAUCCACUGCGGCAACGAAAUUGGAGGAUGCUGGAACGCCAAAGGGACCUUGGGGACUUGAUCAGCACGCUUCAUUCUUCAUUUGGCGAAGAGAGGGAUGAUGACAACAUUAUGCCUAUUGAUGAUGGUGGUUGGCUCACUGUAUUUUUUCUUAUUAGAGUGUUUCGACCUGGGUCAAGUACGAGGAGUAGCAGCUGGUCUGGUAGCUCAAGGGCAAGAGGGCAGCUGAAUUUUAGAAGGAGAUCUACCAGGCUUUGGGGGGAGACCCAUGAUGUGGAAACUGGGUCUUCUUCCAGAGAUGAGGAAAAUGAUUCUUCAGAUGGUGGGUCAGCCCUUUGGAGGCACAGCGAGCGCAUUCAACGACAGACAACACCUGACCAUUUGUGAUUGAAAAACUUUAUUCUGUCAGUUAAAUCGUUUUUUCAAAAUGCUCCAACGGUAGACCAGAGAGGCUUGCUGUUGUUUGUUUGAGCAGUAGAUUCUAUUCCACCGAGUGUGGAACGGUAUACCUUUUCAGGUGCUUGAAUAUUCUAUCUCAAGGGUGAGCAAUUUGUAAUUUGGAAAUAAAAGAAUCAAUCAAUUUAUUUAUAUUGACCAGUAGAAGCUGGUCCUUUUGCUCUGCAUUUAUUGCUGAAGUUGUGUUAAAUAAUUUUUACUUUGUACAUAGAUGGUUGAUUUUGCUUUCAAAUCAAUAUUUGGCAACAGCCCAAUUGGUCUA